AGCAGGCCAGAGUGGUGCCAGCAACUUCCUCUCUGAUUUUGUCCUCUCUAACAGGAAUUCCUCCUUUUUCUGUCCUCCAUCCUCCUCUUUCCUCCCUCCACUGGCUUGCACUUGCUAUCCCAGCAUUGUACUGAUGGAAAUUACUUUCCACAGUUAUUGGGACUGAAGAUGACUACGUUCUCGAUUAUUUUACUUCUCUACAGCCUGCUGACCCCUUCACCAGGAUUUUUUUCUUCAGUUGCCAAAGCUGAUAAAGACCUUGGAGAUCUGCCAAUCAAAUGUAACCCCAAGAAGGUUCAAGGUGGUCUCCUUGGUGGCAAUCUGCUCAGUGGUCUCCUUGGAAAAGAUUGUCCUGUUGGCAGAGGCCGUGGCAAAGAUGGUGUUGUUGGCAGUCUCCUUGGUGGAAAUGGUCUCCUUGACAAAGAUGGUGUCCUUGGGGGUCUCCUCGGUGGAGAUGGCGUAGCUGGCAGCCUCCUUGACAAAGAUGGUGUCCUUGGGGGUCUCCUCGGUGGAGAUGGCAUAGCUGGCAGCCUCCUUGACAAAGAUGGUGUCCUUGGGGGUCUCCUUGGUGGAGAUGGCGUAGCUGGCAGCCUCCUUGACAAGGAUGGUGUCCUUGGGGGUCUCCUUGGUGGAGAUGGCAUAGCUGGCAGCCUCCUUGACAAAGAUGGUGUCCUUGGGAGUCUCCUUGGUGGAGAUGGCAUCGUUGGCAGCCUCCUUGACAAAGAUGGUGUCCUUGGGGGUCUCCUUGAUGGAGAUGGCGUAGCUGGCAGCCUCCUUGACAAAGAUGGUGUCCUUGGGGGUCUUCUCGGUGGAGAUGGCAUCAUUGGCAGUCUCCUCGACAAAGAUGGUGUCCUUGGGAGUCUCCUCGGCAAAGAUGGUCUUGUUGAUGGUCUCCUUGAUGCUGUCAUUGAUAUCCUUCUUGGCAAAAAUGGUCUUCUUGGCAAAAAUGGUCUCGUUGGCAAUCUUCUUGGUGGAAGUGGUGGAGACCUCACAGGGCUGAAAAUUGUGAACAACACCCUUCCAAAAAUAAGUCUGCAUUCCCUACCAGGUGUUGGGCACGAGGUGGGCUUCAACACCCAGCUGCUGGUAGAGAGUACCAGUGCUCUGGACAAAGCGCUCUGUGUGCAGGUGGAAGCAGAUGUGGCCAUGGUGGUCCAGGACAACUGGGAGGCUCGUCAGAACAAUGUCUGCAAAACUGUUGACAUAAACAUCCGUCUGAGGCCCAAAGUGCCACUUCUGGAUCAGCCUUUAAAACGCCUCCUUAGUGAUGUCCUGCGUGAGGUGGGGUGCAACAUCAUCAACUCCAGGCUCAGCACAGUGAACACUCUGCUUGGCUCCAGGACCCCCACGGUCCCGCUUGGGGCUCUGGGAGAUCUGCCCCUCUUUUCCAUCAUCAGUGGCGAUGCUAUCCAGCUGGAUCUAAACCUCCUUGUCGGGGACACAGAGAGCGGUGUGGUGGCCUCCACACAAGGACCACCGCUUGCCGCCACCUUGCUGCUGGCCACUGGUCGCCCACCACAGCUCAGCCUCUCCGAGCAUGCCCUUGGCAAGCUGCUGGAGCUGGUCCAGGGGCAGGGAGCCUUCAGCCUCAGCAUCACCAACUCAAUGGUGCCUGAUAGUGUCUUGCUGUCCACAUCUGCUCUUCUCCCACUCAUCCCCCAGCUCGCCAAGAUCCUCCCUGACUCUUUGCCACUGGAGCUGCGCGUGCGGGUGGCCGACAAACCAGUGGUGGCCGUGAGGGACAAAAGAGCUACUGCCACCCUCAAAGCCUCCAUCGACAUCUUCAGUCCUCCCCUGCAGUCGGCCCAGCAGCCCCUCUUCUCCCUUGACACGGACAUUGUUCUGAACAUCACGCCAUCGGUCUCCGGUGGCAAACUGCAAACCUCCCUGGCUCUUGACAGCAUCAACCUGACGCGGGUACCUCUGAGACUUGACCCCCUCAGUAUCUCCCCAAUUGCAGAAUGGCUCAAGCAAGUCCUCGCAGCUGCAUAUGUACCUGCCAUUAACGAUGCCUUGCAUGUGUCAGUCCACCUGCCCAGCAUUCUCAGCACCAGCCUCAGGAACACCAGGGUUGACAUCACCGACGCAGAUGACUCUCCCAACCAGACCAAUCUAAAAAGAUUCUGCUCAGGAGGACCCAUGGCACCGCUCACUGUCUGAGGCAGGCAACGUGCCGCCAGCCCCAGAACCCUGCUCGUCUCUGCUCCCUCUGACUUCAUUUUCCCUCGAGUGCUGCCCUGUGCUUUCGCUGAGGCCCAAGGGGGACAGGCAACCAUCUCUGGUGGUGGCCUGGCGUGGGGUAGGGAAGGCUGCUGGGCUGGUGGGUGUUAGGGGCAGUUGCUGUGGGCACUUCUAACAUCUGUAGUUGGGAAGCAGAGCUAUUUCUUAGGCAUAAAGGUUGCUCUCU